GGCCCGGUAGCGGCGCCGCGCCGGGGGCCGGGCGGGGCGGCCAUGAGGGCGGCCUGAGGGACGGCCCCGAGCGAGCCCCGGCCAUGGGCGAGAGGCGGCGCGGGGAGAGCAGCGAGCCGGGCACGGGCUUUCCCCAGGAGCAGGGCUGCUCCCUGCUGCAGCGCGCCGUGGCCGUGCUGCGCCGCUCCUCCCUGCACUCCGGCUCCCAGCAAGGCUUCCAGUACAGCCGAGCCAUCCUGGUGGAAAAUGAACUUUUCCUGAGUGAGCUGCGAGCUUUUGCGCGAGCCAAGGCAGCUGCGGGAUACAGCCAGGAGGAGCUGCAGGAGACCUUUGCCUUCCUGCUCUUCGACGAGGAGGAGGAGGUGACCUGUCCCCGAUCCCGUGGCAUUUCCAGGGAAAUUCGGGAUCACAUCCCUGCUUUUCAUCUGCUGGGGCAGUUCCCAAGGGAAUUCCUGCUGGGAAAAGCUCUGGGAGCAGCUCCUGGGGGGGUUUUGGGAUGGCUCUGGUGGGAGAAAAAGGGAAUUUCCCUCGGGGCCAGCGGGUACUAUGUGUACGAGUACUACAUGUACGAGUACUACGUGUAUCGAGUACUACGUGUACGGGAUGAGCGGGGUGAAUUCCCCGUUCCCCAUGGGUUAUCCCCGGUAUCCCAUGGCUGUUUCCCUGUCUCUCCCCAGUACUACGUGUACGAGUACUACGUGUACGGGAUGAGCGGGGUGAAUUCCCCGUUCCCCAUGGAUUAUCCCCGGUAUCCCAUGGCUGUUUCCCUGUCUCCCCAGUACUACGUGUACGAUAGGUGA